AUGGACGAGGAGGAUCCCCAAAGAGCCCCUGCGUCCCUGCAGCCUCAGGCUGGACAGAGCUCGACACCGACCGGCACACCAUCACAAGAGACCUCCGGAUCAAAGCCCGAGAACUCGACAAAUAAACCUCCUCCGCCGUUGGCGACCUCAAUCCUCGAGACGACGUUUACCGACGCGAGGCCUGACGAGAGCCACCUAGACUCCUUCCACGAGCAGGCGGUGCAUGCUCAUCUUCUAGACGUCGAGUCGAGUUUCCACGCACCCCUAUCUCCCUUGACGACGACAAAUCCUGCCGGCGGUAUCGACGAUACAUACCUCUUCGAUGCUGGUCCUCGCGCUCUGGCAGCCCAAUCGCCGUCGCCAAAUCUCCCACCAUUACUCGAGGACGAUCUCUCCUUUCGGUCUGCAUCCCCUCAGAAGCAACAAACCCUCUUGAACCGCCCGAACCUCCCUCCUCCAUCGACGCACAGCGACGGACUACCCGCACUCGAGCCACUUGAUAACAUACCCGACGUUUCCAAUACCACAUCUUCCCUUGAGAACCUCUCCUCCUCCCCGACAGCCGCCGCCGCUGCCCGCACGAUAUCGCGGGCCAUCUCGUCAGCCAGCGCACGCACCCAGGCUACUGCUGCUCGGACAUCUGAGCAAGACAACAACGAUACCUCCUCCACACACGAAGACCCACAUGCAUCAAGUCUCGACCUCUCCCGCUCCUCGCCAUCAAACAACUCCCUACCCGUACCCUCCGGCGUUCUCCCCCGCCAGAGACGCAGUCCCAGCCCUUCGAAAUAUGCUCUAGAUGCCGGUAGCACUCCGGGCCAUGCCCUUCGAACCGACCAGAGGCCCAAGUACUUGCGAAGCAGGAACUCGAGUCAGCGGUCUUCCACGUCGUCGUUUACGAAUCCCGAAUCCCAAGAUGAUGCCGAUAGUGACGUUACGGUUGGGCUCGCGACGGAUUACGCUUUACAAUCUGGUGGCGCUGUCCCCAGCAUGUUGAUGCCCAGGAGCUUGAGCAGCUUUCUUAACCGAUCAAUUAGCAUGGGCAGCAUGGCGUCGGGAAUCGAUGAUCUUAACGAGGGCAGCGGAUCUAAGGGAUACGACCACCUCGACCCCCUCGACGAAGAUGCCAGUUACCAUGCGCAUGGCAACCGAGAAUCCGAUGAAGGUCUCCUUAAGACGCCGAAGCCGCCGCAUAAGCAGAACCUUAAAGAUCCGACCGACACCGUCAUCGCCCGCCACGUCCAAAAUGUGCAGGUCCCCGAGUCCCUCGCCAAGGAAUACAAAUUCCGCAGCGGUCUCGUCACGCCCCGGCAGCCCUCGAGUUUCAAGUCGUCCAUCGGCCCUUCGCGCUCGGGUAAGAACCUGACGCUCAAGGAGCAGAGCAGCACGAUCGAGCGUCUGUCCAAGGAAAAUUUCGAUCUCAAGCUCAAGGUCAUGUUUUUGAGCGACCGACUCGACAAGCUCUCCGAGGAAGGUGUUAAGGAGAUGAUCUCGGAGAAUGUCGAGCUCAAGACAAGCUUGGCGGUGAUCCAGCGGGAGAACAAGGCGCUGAGGAGGCGGGUGAAGGAAUUGGAGAAGCAGCUCAAGGAGGAAGAUGAGAGGCCAAGCACGGCGAAGAGCGGAGCGUCGUCAAACUCGAACCAGUCAUCUGACGACGCGGCGGCCGAACGUGAGGAGGAGCUCUUUUAUCUCCGGGAGCGAGUCGAGGAGUACAUUGUCGAGAUCGAGAGACUUAGGCACGAGUGCAUCAACAAGGAGAACGAGAAGCGUAAAAUGUCCGAAAUGGUUAGGUCCCUCGGCGAGCGCAACGUGGGCGAAUCUCUCGGUCGGCAGGAUGAGACCGACGUGUGGAAGGAUCUCCUUGAGCAGGAAACCGCUCGCCGUGAACAGGCCGACGAAGAUAACCGACGCUUGCGAGACGAGAUAUUCCGGCUAAAGCAGGAGAUGGCUUCUGGCGGCGGCCUGCACCACACCACCAACAUUUACAACAUUACCAAGAAGCACGGGCAAGCUGGAUCCCCAUCUCGGCCUAUGUCUGGGCUUUCUGGAGAUAUGGAGAGCACGAACGGUAUGAGCACUGCGAGCACCCUUAUCGAAGAGUUGCGUCGCGAGAGCGAGCAGCUACGACACGAAAAUGCCGAGCUUCGCCGAGAGGUCGGAGCCCAGACGUCGAUGCUUACUUCAAGGAAUCGCGAAAAGGAGCGUUUGUACCAAGAGAUCGAAGACCUUAAGAUGGCGCAGCGACGAGGCGGCCCUGCGCCCUCAACCGUCGACACCCUUCUCGAGAGAUCUGCCUCUCGUGCCGGAGUCCACCACCACCAGCGGUCCAUGUCUCGAAAUAGCGGCACAACUCGAGUUACCAAUCCCCAGGACGAGGCCGAGAAGGAGGAGCUCGAGAACCAACUAGCCGAAGUGCGCGACAAGAUGAAUGAGGUCAAACUGCAGAACCAAGAACUACAACAGGAACUCGACAAAUGCAUGCAGGACUUUGAGACCGCCAUCGAGAGCCAGAGGCAAACCGAGGAGAUCGCAACAGCCCUGCAGCAAGACCUCGAAACGACAAUGAAUGACCUCGUCGCCCUCCAAGCCGAGCGCGACGAGGCGUUGAGGGAGCAGGCCGAGAUGGAAUCGGAAUUCGAGGCGCUGCGCAAGGAGGCCCAGACGGAAAUCGACGCCCUCGAGGGCGACGUCGAUCAGCGCAACGACGAGAUCCACAGGCUCCAGCUCGACCUGCAGGACCGGUCCGAGAACUUCGCGGCGCUGCAGGAGGAGAUGCGCAAGAUGAGCGACGCGCUGUUGCGACUCGAAGACGAGCAGGACAACAAGCUGCGGCGCAUCCAGCAGCUGGAGCAGGAGACGGCGCAAGCCAACACGGAGCUCGAGGAGCUCGAAGCCAAGCUUAACGAGUCCAACGACAAAGCCAACCGCCUCGGCGUGCAACAAGAAUCGAGCCAGGGCGAGAUCGCCUUCCUGCGCGAGGAGCAAGAGGCCGACAAGAUCCGCAUCGGAAACCUCGAGGCCGAACUCGCUAGUGCCGAGCAGAGCCUGCGCGACGAAAAGGACCGCGUGACGGAGCUCGAGCAGAGGUUGCAGGCCGAGAGGAGGCAGCGCGAGAUGGUGGCGAACCGCGAGAAGGAAGAGGUGCAGCAGUUCGUCAACGGGCUUAAUAGGGAGGCGUCGGCGGCUAAGGACGAGGCGCGCAAGUUGCGUAAGGCGCUCACUUCGCGCGAGGUAGAGGCCGCUGAGUGGAAGGAGAGGUUGAUGGAGCUGGAGGGUAACUUGAGGGUGGCGCUUGGAGAUUUGAACGGGACCCGGUCAAGCCUCCUCAAUUCCAUCUCUGGCCUUCAACGACAACUCGAAGACACGGUCCGCGAGCUCGACGCCACAAAGGCAGACCUCGGCGAAAAGGACCGACUCCUCAAACAACGUGACGGUCUACUCGAAUCCCACGGUCUCGAGUCUCGCCGUCUCGCCGAGCUCCUCGACAAGGAAAGGCAAGCCCACCGUACGACCAAGAGCCAGUUCGAGACAUUCCAAAAGACGCACCAGCACGUCAGCGUCACGGCCGCGACACAAGAAACGCGCAUCCAGGAGCUCGAGGUGCAGCGAGCGCAGUCGCAGAAGAAGCUUAUGUCGCUCGAGAACACGCUCAAGGACCAGCUCACGGAGCGCAACAACCUCCUCCUCAUCCUCUGGUCGCGACUCAGCACGCUAUGCGGAAGCGACUGGGCGCAUGACAACAGCCUCAUCAACGGACGUGCUCUCCCCUCCCUCGAAGCCGUGGCGACCAUGCUUCCCGGUUUCAGCAAGAAUCUUCUGGGCGCCGUGAAGACGCUCGAGGGCAUGGUGGGCGGGUUCCAGUCGCGCAUCAAGUCCGUCGAGCGGGAGCUCUGGCGCGAGUACCAGAACCUCGAGAACGGGCUCGAGGUGCGCACGAAGAAGCUGGAUCGUCUCGAGACCAUGGUGCGCAAUGGCAUCGCGUCCGGGUCUCUGGGCCGGCUGGGGUCGUCUGAGGUGCAGGCGCGCGUGGAUGGGCUCGAGGACAUGAUUAGGCAGCUGAGGGUCGAGAACGCGACGCUGAGGACGGCGAAUGAUGUGCGUGCUAGGGCGGUCUACGGAAGUGUUCCGGGUGAUGGGACGGCGGCUAUCGUUGAUGCCGUGUCGGGAAGCCCUGCGCCUUCGAUUCCAACGGGGCCGAGAGAUAGGGAGAGUAGCAGGAGCAGAAAGGGGGUGUAUACCAGUAGCGGGCGGACGACAACCAUGACCCGGACCUCGUCGUCGUCCCAUGGCGUCGGGCCCGGUUCGUCAGGUAAGGAGGUGAUGUCUGCGGCAGAGCACCUGGUCAGUGGCAGCGUUGGCUCUUCGGGCAACGACCACGCGUUACUCUUGAGGCUGAGGGACCUGGAGCGGAAGUUGAGAGUGGAGAGGGAAGGAAGGAAUCAGGACCGCACGGCGGCGCGGCAGAGGCUUGGGGAGCUGGAGACGCAGAAUAGGGACUUGAGGUCAGAGAAUGGGAGGUUGAAGAGGUUGAGCGAGGUGGAUUGA